AGGAAAGAGCCCUCCUCCUCCUCUCGCGGAGGGUCUCCAGCCGGGCGAACCGCCUUCGGCGCGGCUCCCCCGGCAGCCUUAACCGAGGCCCGUCGGAGGAGCCUCCCCCGGCUGGGUCGGGGGUGGGCGGCGUCUCCUUCGGGAGGGUCAGCGGGGAAUCGGGUCGGCGGACCCGGGGAUUCAGAAGGGACCCGAGUCGGGCAGCUCCGGCUGCAGCCCCGGAGCCCGUCUCUGCGGCGACGCUGUGGUGAACUUGGUUCCGGCUGCUGCGAGGUAUGAGGAAUACAAAUAAAGAGCCCCGUGGACCCCCAAAUCGAUACGCACCAUGUGAUUGGUACUAUCACGUGCCACUCAAGCGAUCAGAGGAGUCUGUUAAUUCUGAAGCUCAACAGCAGCCAACAUCCCAGAUCCCAGGUCUCGGUGAUUUUGGAGAUCCUCACAGUGAGAUUACAUUUGGGGGGCGAAGGAAGUGGAUUAAAGACACUGACUCAGAAUAUGUAAAGCUGGCAAAACAAGGAGGCCGACCUGACUUGUUGAGACAUUUUACACCUACUCCACGGAAAGUGUCUCUGGGGUCUUAUGGUGCACCUGAGUGGUAUACACAUCAUGGCAAACCAGCAGCAGCAGCAACAGCAGCUGAUGAGUCUAAGCCUCGAGUUUCAGCUAUGCCAGACUACAUGGUCCAUGAGGAGUUUAAGGCUGAUCAACCUGCCAGCUAUGAGCCUAAAAGAGGGCCUUUUGAUUUUGAUAUGAAAAGUGUUUGGCAAAGAGAUGCUGAAGACAAAGAGAACAAAGAGAAAAGAGAGGAAAAUGGAGUACAAGUUGAGGGCUCUCCAGGCAGCACAAAAGAAGAGAUAAAGCUUCCUGCUAUAACGCCAAGAUACCCACACAGAACACCACAACCUAUUGCAACUAAAGAAUUUCAUGGAGGAAACCGACUCUACUUCCCUCCAAUGCCUGCUCACAAAAAAAACGAACCUGUAAACUUCAGCAAACUGAUCAGCAGUGGUUAUGGAGAUGAGUGGCUUCAACAGCGUGAUGACUGGGAGAAAAAGAACUCGCAGCCUAAUGAUUCUCUUCUUCCUCCAAGUGAGUACCAGAAGAAAAUAGAAAAGAGGCAGAAAGCUAGGAAACACACAUUGUCAUACAAAAGAAAACCUAGAUCUCAAUCUGGACUUGAAAUGGGGGCCCAGCCUAAGAAGCCAUUCUUCAACCUCAGAAUAUUCAGAGACAUCCCAGCCAGAAUCAACACAAACAGACAAUGAGUAAAAGCAGAUACUUCAUAGAAUUGUCAAAAUUCUCACUAUUUCAAAACAGCACUGAGUGCAGAAGACUAUAAUAGAGCUUAGGAAGCAGGCUUCAAUAAUUAUACGUUGAUGUGUUAGAUUAUGUGUCUUUUUAACCAGGAUAUUUAAACAAUGGACCACAUUCAUUCCUGUUGGUUUUUCUGUUUGUUUCAGUAAGUUUGCAACUGACAUGAGUUUGGUCCAAUAAUCUACCCCGUAAGUUUAAAGCCUGGAUGCUUGCUUCUGCUGUUAAUGCCUCCGUCUGUAUCUGAACCUGCUUUCUGCUUCUACUUUUCACCCACUUCUACCAAGGUUUGCCUUGUAACCUCAUGUUCUAAAGCUUCGUGGGCUGCUUGAGAGUUGGUGAACAGUAGCAUCUCUGCAGUCCUGGGACCUGGUUAAUGGAUGCUUUGCUAUGGGGUUGCACUACUGAAGAGAGUGUGCAGUGGAACAAAACACUUGAGACCAGUUUGAGCAACAUAAACUUUGCAAAGCUGAGUCUUUAUUUUUCUGCUUCCAAGUGUUGAAUGGGGUAAGUAAAAAGCCAGAUUGUUGUGAUGUUUUAUAUAUUUUGAACUUGUAUGUAUAUUGGCAUUGAGAUUAUUAUUCAGGAGGUUGAAUUGAAAUGAUCGUUUUCAACACCAUUCUCAUUUUGUUCUUAUGUAUACCUCACAUCAUAUAAACUUGCAUAUAUACUUGGAAUUCUGUUUGAAUAAACAUCAUAAGAGAGUGAUAACAA